AUAUUCUAUUCAUCUCAUUGUUUUCUAACUUCUCAAUGGCCACUUCAACACUUCUGUCCCUAACAUGCACUCCUCAAAGCAUGUUGCAUUCCAAACAUAAGUCACACACACAAUCCUCAACCAUGUCAUUGUUGUCACCUCAACUAGGACAAAAAUGUCUCUAUAACCCUCUAAGACACAAUGUGUCUUCUCCAAUCCAAGUGAAACCUAAGAGAACUCAUGUUGGUGGCUUGGUGAAGGCAUCAAUGAAUAGCAAGGAUGUGCAUGUGCUAAGCAAGGAGCAUCUUGCUGUUUCUUUGGCCAAAUAUAUUGCUGACCUGUCUGAGAAAUAUAUUCGAGAGAAGGGACGUUUCACCGUCGUUUUGUCUCCUGGACCCGUCAAAUAUCUCAGGAAGCUGGUGGAACAUCCAUAUUGUGACACAAUUGAUUGGGCUAAGUGGCAUGUAUUUUUGGUGGAUGAGAGAGUGGUGCCAAAGACUAAUGUUGAUAGCAACUACAAACUUGCUUAUGAUGGAUUCAUCUCCAAGGUGCCAAUUCCGCCACUAAAUGUGUACACAAUUGAUGAUUCCUUACCAGCUGAUGGAGCAGCAGAUGUUUACGAAACAACACUAAGACGUUUAGUGACAAGCAAUGUGAUAUCAACAUCAGCUGAAUUCCCAAAAUUUGAUCUUUUGCUAUUAGAUAUGGGACCUGAUGGACACAUAGCCUCUCUAUUUCCAGGGUACCCUGCAGUGAAUGAAACUAGGAAAUGGGUUACAUAUCUCACGAAUGCGCCUAAACCGCCACCGGAGAGGAUCACUUUUACAUUGCCAGUGAUUAAUGCUACUUCAAAUAUUGCUAUGGUUGUGACUGGUGCCGGUAAAGCUGAUGCUGUUUAUUCUGCUCUUGAGAAGGAUCCUACUGGUGAUAAGCUUCCUAUUCAAAAGGUGAAUCCUGAGGGAGAUGUGAAAUGGUUCUUGGACAAAGGUGCUGCUUCAAGGCUUUAUAAGUAGAGCUCUUCAAGUGAUUUCGACACAACAACACUCACGCUAACUUUCUCUUUUGAACAUUUCCUGUCUUAUCAAGUAAAAUAUCGAUAAUACAGAAAAAUUGAAAAGAGAAUGUUAACGUGGGUGUUACAACAUUUUCUAUAUAUUUAUAUUGAUGCUAAAGAUAAAAUAAAACCAUAAGAUGGAACUGGUCAUGGUUUAAAUUAUCUAAGUCUUGUUUGUCUUGUUUACAAAACAAAAACAGAAGCAUAGAAUAAUUGGUUUUCUUUUUUAAUGUAAAUGGAUACUUCUGAAGUAUCCUAAAAAGUGUGUGUGCUUUUAAGGAGCAAAAAUAUAUUGUUAAUUGCAAUAAUAAUAUUUAUUUACGUAA